AUGAAGUGUUUGUGCUUGUUUGUGCUGUUUCUGUGUUUGAGGUGCGACGGUGCUGGCAGCAAGCCGCGCAGAGGCCGCGGCAGCAUGUGGUGGGGCAUAGCGAAGGCCGGAGAACCGAACAACCUAUCGCCACUUUCACCUGGGGUUCUGUACAUGGACCCAGCAGUCCAUGCGACGUUAAGACGGAAGCAGAGGAGACUAGCACGUGAAAACCCAGGUGUCUUAGCCGCAGUGGCUAAAGGAGCUAACAUGGCUGUAGCCGAAUGUCAACACCAGUUCAAGUACAGAAGAUGGAACUGUUCCACAAGGAAUUUUCUUAGGGGAAAGAAUUUGUUCGGCAAGAUUGUAGACAGAGGUUGCCGAGAAACUGCCUUCAUAUACGCGAUAACCAGCGCGGGCGUCACUCAUGCAGUCUCCCGCGCUUGCGCAGAGGGUUCCAUAGAAUCGUGCACGUGCGAUUAUUCCCAUGUCGAUCGUGCACCACACCGCUCCAGGGCCGCAGCGGCUGCAAAUGUUCGAGUUUGGAAGUGGGGGGGAUGCAGCGAUAACAUUGGAUUUGGCUUCAAGUUCAGCAGGGAAUUCGUUGACACAGGAGAGAGAGGCAAGACUCUGAGAGAGAAAAUGAACCUACACAACAACGAAGCCGGUAGAAUGCACGUGCAAACGGAGAUGCGGCAGGAGUGCAAAUGCCACGGGAUGUCGGGGUCGUGCACGGUGAAGACGUGCUGGAUGAGGCUGCCGAGCUUCCGCUCUGUCGGCGACGCGCUAAAAGAUCGCUUCGACGGGGCAUCGAGGGUGAUGAUGUCAAACACGGACCUGGAAGCGCCGGUGCAGAGGAACGACGCGGCACCCCACAGGGUACCACGCAGGGACCGCUACAGGUUCCAACUGCGGCCACACAACCCCGACCACAAGUCGCCGGGCGCAAAGGACCUCGUAUACUUGGAAUCUUCUCCGGGCUUCUGCGAAAAGAACCCGCGGCUGGGGAUCCCCGGCACGCACGGGCGGACCUGCAACGACACGAGUAUAGGCGUAGACGGUUGCGACCUCAUGUGUUGCGGCCGCGGCUACCGGACUGAGACCAUGUUCGUGGUAGAGAGAUGCAAUUGUACAUUCCAUUGGUGCUGUGAAGUUAAAUGCAAAUUGUGUCGCACGGAAAAAGUGGUUCACACGUGCUUAUAG